AUGGCCUCAGCCGGCAGUGUCCUGUGUGAAGAUCAGUUCCUGUGUUCGAUCUGUCUAGAUGUGUUCACUGAGCCUGUCUCUACUCCAUGUGGACACAACUACUGCAAGGCCUGUAUCACAGGGUACUGGGACACUCAUCCCCUGACGCAGUGUCCGCUGUGCAAGGAGACUUUCCACAGAAGACCUGAGCUUCGGGUCAAUACCGGAUUCAGAGAAAUUGUGGAACAUUUCAAAAAGAUGAGCCUAAGUGGUAGAGAUGAGUCUCCUGCCAAACCAGGGGAGGUGCCUUGUGACGUGUGUCUUGAGGGGAAGCAAAAGGCCCUGAAGACCUGCCUGGUGUGCCUGGCCUCUUACUGCCAGCUCCACCUGGAGCCUCAUCAGAGAGCCACAGCCUUGAAGAGGCACAAGCUGAUCGACCCUGUGCCAAACCUGGAUCAGAGGGUGUGUAAGAAGCAUGACAAGAUAUUUGAACUCUUCUGUACGGAGGACCAGACUUGUCUUUGUAUCAUGUGCAUGAAAGACAACCACACAUUGCAUGAAACCAUCCCUCUAGAGGAAGAGUUCAGAAACAGGAAAGCCUGGCUGGAGGCAGUGAUGUCAGAAAUAAAACAGAUGGAAAAAGACAAAACCAAGAGUAUUCAGGAGAUCAAAUGCUCAAUAACACAAAGGAGGAACAACGCAAAGAAAGACUUAGAAGACAUUGCUGAGGUUUUCCAUACUCUAGUGGCCUCGCUGCAAAGAAACCAGGCUGAGCUGGUUAGAGUGAUAGAGGAGAAGAAUAGAGAUGCAGAGAAGCAGGCUAAAGACGUCAUAACAGAGCUGGAGCAGGAAGUUACUGAUCUUGAGAGGAGAAGAACUGAGCUGGAGCAACUCUCCCACUCCGAGGACCAUCUCCACCUCUUGCAGUACCUACCAUCUCCUUGUGACCCUCCAUACACAAAGGACCUCUUCCACUCUCUGGGGGGGAUUCCUCCCCCCUGUGAUGCUCCACACACUGAAGUCCCACCAGACAUGGUUUGGAGCCUUUUGUCCCUUCCCUCCCCUCUGCAUACCAUUGAUUACUCUGACAUCAGUUGUCAAAUUAACCCAUGUGUGGAGACAGUGAGAAAGGCAGUGACCGAGCUGAAAGAGACGCUCUGUAACAAGAUGGAAAAGCUUAUCACUGAAGUCCAAAUUUCUGAUGGUUAUAAAGCUAUUAAAGAGACUGCAACAGCAAAAAAACAGAUGACAACCUUCUGUGAAGAGACUGAGAAUCUGCCUCAAGACAAGCUGAUGACGAUCCAGCAGUUGGAUGAAGUGGAUGUGACACUGGACCCCGACACAGCAUAUCCCAAACUCAUUGUGUCUCAGGAUGAGAGAGAAGUGAGGUUUUCUCAAAACUACCAAUUGACAGUCCCACACAGCCAAAAACGAAUUGAAUAUCAACCCUACAUUCUUGGGAAAGAGGGCUUUUCUUCAGGGAGGUUCUACUAUGAGGUUCAGCUCAAUGGGUGUACUUUUUGGUUUCUGGGAGUGGCCAGAGAGUCCAUUAACAGGAAGAAUUACUUUUUCUGUCCCAUCCCUGAGGAGGGAGGCUGGACUGUGUGUGGGAGGUUUAAUGAAUUUGAGGAAGUGUAUUUUGUUAAUACUUCACCUCCUUGUCCCUUAUACCUGAGACAGAGGCCUCAGAGGGUUGGUGUGUUUGUUGAUUAUGAGGAGGGAGAGGUCUCCUUCUAUGAUGUGGAUGCCAGGACUCUGAUCUACUCCUUCACUGGCUGUAACUUCAGUGAGAGUGUACCACCACUGAAAGCCCUUUUCUAUUCUUUGACUGGCAGUUCUUUGAAUAGCAGGCCUAAGCUCUACCCUAUUUUUGGGGUCUUCGAUUUUGAUGGUAAUCCAAUCAAAAUCACUCCUGUGGGCCACACACCACUUUGAGAGCUUCAAGCUUCAUUUAUAUAACACACAUAGCUCAAGAUGAAGUGUAACAGACAGAGUAGUGUAAUAGCACAAUGUAAAACAUAGUAUGGUACUUUAUCAACUGUCUAAUAUAUAAAUAUAUCCCUGUUUUGUUUUUAUACAUAGCUUAGUGAUGUUUGCACUGCAUGGCAUGGUAAAAGUAAUCACUUGCAAGAUCACUACACGCAUUUCAUUUAUGCAUUUUAUUUGGACACCAAUGAGGAACAGUGAGAAAUACAAUCUGUAGUUCAAACUAACUACAGAUAAUGGUCUGCCCUGAAGUCCUGCAGGUGGAGCAGCUGCCUCACUGCUAAAGAAGAGGCUGAGUGUUGGUGUUAGUUAACCUUCAAGGUACAUAAUAAACAUGCCAAAUGCUUUUACAGCUUUAACCUUUAGUAUGUUUAGUAUGUGAAGUGAAUAGAAUAGAAUAGAAUAGAAUAGAAUAGAAUAGAAUAGAAUAGAAUAGUUAAAACUAAUUUUAAGAAUGUGGGCACAUGCUGCAAUGCCACUUUCUGACCAGAAGGUGGCAGCAUGGUAUAAUAACUGAUGUCUUUGUCCUGUUUGAAUGGAAACAAGUAGGAGGGACAGUGCAAUCAAAGGAUCCUGGGUUGUUAAUUUGAACUGUCCCAUCCUGGAUUCCACAAAACAAACAAACAAACAAACAAACAAACAAACAAAAAAAAACAAUGAAAAUAUUUGUAUCCUUUUAAUUUGACAUUAUUGCUAAAAUUGCAGAAAAUCAGUGCAAUUUCCUCAGUGUGAAACCAUGCUAUUGAAAUAGUUACUUAAAAGAAUAAUAUUCAUAAUAAUAACAACAACAAUAUUAUACAGGUCUUUGUGACAAACGUGGUUUUCUUCUGUCUGUUUAGCAUGUCUUAAUAGAUGUCUUAAUGAUGGAGGAACUCAAACAUAAAAUGUUUCUUAAUAUAAAUAAUGUAUAUUAUGCAACUGUGGUGUGCUACUGCUCUUUUGUUUUUUGUUUUGUUUUUUUUACAAACUAGAUCAUUGUCAUGUAAUCUUUUGACCUUUAUAUACUCAGUUGCUUUUGU